CGUGUGCUUGCGUGUUUGCUGGUUAGCUAACAGCAAGUGUGGGGAAAAUUAAGCUAGCAAAUGCUCCAGAUAUUGUGGGAAGCUGCGUCAAAAACAAAACUCUAAAUUGUAAACUUGUUUUUUUAUGUCCAGUGGGUUCACUGAAGGAAAAAAACUCGAAAAGCCAUUUUAGCUAACGGUUUAUAUUCCAUAAAAAGUGGUUGAAGUAUUUUUUUAUCUAAGGAGUCGGGCCAUCAUCUCAAACUGGCACGAUGAGCCAGGAAGAUGUUUUUGCAAAGCUGAAGAAGGAUGUUCGUUCCUUGCUCAUGUCCUCUAAAAUGGGAUUGGCCCCAGAACAACUUCGUAAAGAUUAUGUCAACAUGUUGGGACAUCCAAUGCCCCUGAAACUUCUGGGCUUCAGGAACAUUCUAGAAGCGGUUCAGGAGAUGCCUGAUGUAGUUUCUGUUAAUUACAGGGCUGAUGGUAGCCUAUUUCUAAAGGCCAUGAGCAAUGAGGACACUCAAAACAUUGCAACACUAGUGGCCGAGCAGCGGACCUCCAAGGCCGACGCCAAAAUCAAGAGAGGCUUCUAUACUGCUGGUCCUCGUUAUCAUCACAGAUCCAUCUCUGUAGGUCUUCCUAGAAGAGGUUGUGCUCCUCCACCCCUCCCUGCUCACCUUAGGAUGCAGUUGCGCUUCCUGCUCAGCCAGGGUCCUAUCAAGUUAUCCGACCUUGAGAUGUAUUACUUCCGCUGCUUUGGUAACCCUCUGCGUGUGUCCAACUAUGGCUUCUACUCCAUCGGAGAAAUGCUGGAUGCAGCGAAGGACAUGAUUGUUUUACAACAAGGAAGACAGGGCACAGUUCUUAUCCUGAGGGAAAAACUGUUACCCAGGCCACUCAUGGUACCAUGGGCGUCCUCAAGAAAUACUGAACCACCAAAGCCAGCACAGCUUUAUCCUCACAGAGGUCCAUACAUCAAAACUCCUGAAACUAGAAAACCAUCAGCUGGCCUUCCAGUGAAGAGUCCUCUGACCCAGUCAUCUGAGAGUCCUUCAGACCCCAGUCGUAAUGAACCAACUGUCAGCAGCAGGCUAGAGAGGCCUGAGAUGUCCCACCCGCCCAAAUCCGUGCCAUGCCAAGAUGCUGCAGACCUAUUUCAGGACCAUGUGCUAAAGCUUGAAGAGGAACUUCAUCGGCAAAUUCUGGAGAAUGGUAUUGCUGGCAGUGUUAGCCAGGAACUGAAGGACAAGCUACGAAAGGUUGUAGGUCAGAGGAGUGGUGGAUUAUCGAUUCACGAGCUUCCUGCUGAGUACAAGAAACUCUAUGCAGAAGAUUUGCCCUUCUUGAAGUGUGGCUUUGUCAGCGUUACUGAACUCAUUGGUGCCCUGAGUGACACGUUCCACCUGAAACCAGCAGAGGGUGACAACGGCCACCAUUGGAUAGUAGUGGACAUAAAGGACUGUGAGGACAGACACAUAGAUUCAAAGACAAAGGGCAGAGGUGAUUUGUUAAGGAUGCCAGUUAAAAGCUCCUACUUUAGCUUUAAAACGUCUCCUUGGGAAGGUAAACAGGAAGAUGGAGCUCAUGAUGAUGAGGAGGAUUGUACAGCAGACAAUGACACCGAGGAGUUUGGACCCACUCCCACGUCCAAGACUGAAAAAAAGGUGUACCCUGAUAUUGAGGUGCGUCUUAGGUCUACCGUGCCUCUGGACGCUGUGCAGGGUCAGCGUCUCAAACCACUGACGAGCCACAAAGCCCGUCAGCUGAUCGAGGUCAUGGUGGAGCACGUGGAGUCGCCCGGAGACUUCUACAUCAGUUUCAGUGACAGCAGCGAGUCGCGCGCUCUGGAGGACUUGAUGUUUCAGAUGAGAAUGUGUUAUGUCUGUCCUUUAGUUUCGGCGCAGUACCGCCUUUCUGCGCCGUUUAUCCGAAAGGGUCAGGUCUGCUGCGUGUCUCCUAAAGGGUUGUGGUUCUACCGCGUGGUGAUCCACAGAGUUCUAAACGCCUCUGAGGUUGAGGUGUACUUUGUGGACUAUGGUGACAUCCUUGUGGUCCAAAGCGACAGCCUCAAAUUCCUCAAGUCAACUUAUUCAGUUCUUCCAGCACAAGCAGUUCCAUCAUCGCUCGCUGGAAUCAAACCCACCUCUGUUAACUGGACUCCUGAAGCCACAGCCUCUUUCCUGGAACUGUGCUCUAAUCGCGCCCUGGUGGGUGCGUUGGACCACUACGAGGGAGACAUCCUGCAGCUCUACCUGUGUGACACUCACACUGAUUCAGACGUCUAUGUGCAUAGUGUUCUAAUAAACCAGGGCCACGGGCUAGCGUGCAGCGCUGCAGCCUCUGCAGCAUUGUGCAUCCAGGUCUCACCAGUGAGUCUGUACCUGAAAGAUGGACUGGUCGACCUGCCAGAAGUGGACGAGGAGCUGAUCUCGUCUCUCAGAUCAGAUGUUGAUCAGUCCCUGGAAGCUUCACAGACUGAGGAAGACGCGAUGCCUGACCUGGAGCCUAUCGAGGAGAUUGUAGGCGCUCAUAUUCAGGUUAUGGGACCCAGCAGCUUCAACGAUCUGUUAGAGAAUCAAACCCUGAGCUGUGACCAACAGAAACACACCACACCUGAGGAAACUCCUCCCACCAGCCCUUCCUGUCUCAUCUCUGCUGCUCCUGCAGUUCCAGAUCUGAUCCAGACUGGGAAAAGUCCUGUGAACUGUGAAAAUGAACCUCAGACGGAGAUCCCAACUCCUCCUCUGACUCCGUGCACCCCUGACACCUCCUCCUGUCCUCAGGUGGAGGUGAAGACUGAAGACUCCACCCACUCCAUAUUUACAUCACCUGUGAUCAUGAAUGUGAUGAGACAAAUGCAGGACCAAUCUCCAGGCGCUGCCAUGUCCCCGUUCCACCUACGGUACCCCGGCCACCUGUUUCCUCUGUUUGGAACCAGGUUCAGUCCUACACUGAAAACCUUUGAAAACAAAUAAAGCAAAUUAGAGAUGAAGGGUGUGAGUCGUGUACAGACCUUAAUAAGUUCAUGUUCCUGUUUUAAUUUUGGGCACUUUUCUACCUGUUGAGACAAAAAGAAUGGUUUUACUUUUAUGAAUAUAAGUUAUGUUCUAAGAAAGAAAAAAAAACAUGUUUGAAUCAUUAUGAGAAUUCCUUUAGAGAAGUGUUGUUGCUGGUUAGAACGGCUGAAAAAUGAUUUAGAAUUUAAUGGAAGAUCUUGUUUUAUUAUACUUUUAUUAAGUUUUUUCUUCGUAAGUAAGUGUGCAACAUUAAUGACAUGUUUUACUUUUAAAAAGUUUUUGUCUCAUACUGUUGUGUAAAAAAUAUUGUAAUAAAUAAAUAAAAUCUGCUGAAAGAGCUUCCUGACAUCUACAGCCUCAGCCAUUAGCUUUCUGUAAGUAUUCUAAUGAGAAUUUGUUCUCUCUGACACAAUCAAGGGCAU